UGCAAAAAAGACUAAUUCAUUUUUUUGAAUCAUUCUAAUUCUAAAGCAAAUGAUGCUUGAUAAUGGAUUCAUUAGGAGACAAUUCUUGGGUCAAAAACCAAAACUCAUAAUCCUAAGACUCACUGUUUGUUUCCUCUUCUUCAUUCUAGCAAUUCUCCUCCUUUUCUCAACACCAAUUCAGUUCUAUACUUCACCCGACCAGGAUUCUGUUAUUCAGACAAUUACAACAUCGGAAAACGAACAACAACAAGUGUUUCCGACCGUCAAUUCUCCGGAAAAUUCAACAGAAUCCCAACACAACCAUCAGGAAUGCGAUAUAUUUAAUGGGUUAUGGGUUCAACAAGAAGAAGACUCUUCCGGUCCAGCUUACACAAAUGAGACUUGUCCAUUCAUAGAAGAUCAUCAGAAUUGCAUUAAAAAUGGCCGCCCAGAUUUCGAUUACCUUUUCUGGAAAUGGAAACCUCUUCAUUGCGACUUACCCAAGUUCGAUCCAACCAAAUUUCUCAAUCUCAUGCGACAUAAAUCAUGGGCAUUUGUUGGCGAUUCCAUUUCACGCAAUCAAGUUCAAUCUCUAUUAUGCUCCCUUUAUCAGGUGGAACAAGCAAAUGAAAUCUACCAUGAUAAAGACUACAGAUCAAAGAAAUGGCAUUUUCCCAUACACAACUUUACUCUUUCAGUAAUAUGGACACCGUUUCUCCUAAAAGCUUCAAUCUUUGAAGAUGCCAAUGGUUUUUCAUCAGAUGUAAUUCAGCUUCAUCUCGACAAGCUAGACCAGAUAUGGACUCAACACUUUGCCGAUUUCGACUACAUUGUAAUCGCAGGUGGGAAAUGGUUUCUCAAAACAGCUGUCUACUAUGAGAACAACACGAUCACGGGUUGUCAUUAUUGCUCGGGUAAGAAGAAUCUAACGGAGUUAGGGUUCGAACAUGCUUAUCGAAAAGCCCUACAGUUGAUAUUCAAAUUCAUGAUCACCAGUUCAAACCAUUAUAACGUUAAUGUACUGUUCAGAACCACGACUCCAGACCAUUUUGAGAAUGGGGAAUGGUUUAGCGGAGGUUAUUGCAAUCGAACGGUUCCUUUUGAAAGAACCGAGAUUGUUGAUUUGAAAGGGGUGGAUGAAAUUAUGCGUAAUAUUGAACUCGAAGAGUUUAGUAAAAUUGAAGGAGGGUUGUCGAUAAAAUUGUUAGAUACUACCCGAAUGUUGUUGCUUAGACCCGAUGGACAUCCUGGACCAUAUCGACAGUUUCAACCGUUUGCUAUCGAUAACAAUGCGAAAGUUCAAACGGAUUGUUUGCAUUGGUGUUUGCCCGGCCCUAUGGAUUCCAUUAACGAUUUACUCUUGGAGAUGAUAUCAAGAGGUUAAAGAUUGAAUAAUCAAACGGGAUUAGGAAGAACACAAGAACAGUUGAGGAAGAGUGAUAUAUUUGUUCAUGCACUUACAUUUAAAUGUUGUAUUUAACAAUUUUAAUUGAAUUUAAUCGAUAUUAAAAAUCAUUAUUAGAAUGUGGUCCACUUCCAGCCGUGAUGUUUAUAAAUGUAAUGUCAUUAUUAAUCUUAUGAAAAGAUAACUCAGCUACCCAAAAGAAUAAUAAUAAAAUAAAAAUAAGAAGAAUGGAAAGAAUGAAAUGGAUGUGCCACUUAC